CAGUUCUUCAUUCACAAAGCUUGAUAAAUCUGGGCCCAAGUCUUUUUGGACACAUGAAAAUUCACACAGGGGAGAAGCCAUAUUCAUGCUCAGAAUGUGGAAAAUGUUUUAAAAGUAAAUCUGAGCUUGUUAUACGUGAGAGAAUACACACAGGGGAAAAGCCAUAUUCAUGCUCAGAAUGUGGGAUAUAUUUUAGACAUACAUCACAUCUUUCAAAUCAUGAAAGAAUUCACACAGGAGAGAAGCCGUAUUCAUGUUCAGAAUGUGGUAAAUGUUUUAAAAGUAAAUCAGAUCUUGUUAAACAUCGGAUAAUUCACAUGGGAGAAAAGCCAUAUUCAUGUUCAGAAUGUGGUAAAUGUUUUGCACAAAAAUCAGUUCUAGUUAUACAUGAGAGAAUUCCCACAGGAGAGAAGCCAUAUUCAUGUUCAGAAUGUGGUAAAUGUUUUGCACAAAAAUCAGUUCUAGUUAUACAUUAGAGAAUUCACACAGGAGAGCAGCCGUAUUCAUGUUCUGAAUAUGGGAAAUGUUUUACACAAAAAUCUAAUCUUGUUAUGCAUGAGAAAUAUCACACAGGAGAGAAGCCAUAUUCAUGUUCAGAAUGUGGGAAAUGUGUUAUAAGUAAAGCACAUCUUACGAUACAUGAGAGAUCUCACACAGGAGAAAAGCCAUACUCAUGUUCAGAAUGUGGGAAAUGUUUUAUUAGUAAAUCACAUCUUUCUGUACAUGAGAGAAUUCACCCUGGAGUCUGAUAGAUGAAAUAAUAAAUGAUAAAAAUCUAAUAAUAUGGAGAAUGGAAAUCUGAGAUCUCAGGUAACAGUAAAAUGUGAUGUUUUCUAAGUUUUGUUGUGAGAAUUAACCCUUGAAUAAACUUCAUAAUGAAACCUAAGCAGAAGCUAAAGCCAACAUCAUCUCUUGGUCAUCAGCACCUGGGGUCAUGUGACCUUUGUAGGUAAAUAACGGUAAUGAGAAGUAAUAUGUAAUGCUAUUGUGUAUCAUUUAGUAGUGACUUGUAGCUCUACACUACAGUAUGAUUGGAUGAUUUCUAUGGAUGAUAAUGAUUGGUGAUUACUAUGUAUUACCUCGGCCUCAUUUCCAUUAGAAAUAUUACUGAUUGUAUCUCAUGUGUCACUUCUGUCCUAUCAGGAUCAGGACACUUCUGUGUUGUCGCCAAUAACCCUUAGGCCGGGGUCACACACAGGAUUUUUUUGGUAUUUUUAGGUAAAUCUAGAGAUCUACCAUAAGACAAGGGAUCAGUUUGACCAUAGACCCCAAUAAGUCCUGACCCCAUUAAACAAGUAGUUGUGACGUCCGCUUCCCCGGACCAGGAGAACAAUUCUCCCACUUUAUAGAGGGUUGAAGCCAUUUCUAGAGGAAUCUUAGAGAACAGAGCAUUUAUCCAGGAGGGAGACGACAUUCACAGAGUGACCGGGUAAUGUCUAUGUUGUAUAUAACAGAAGUGAUGACCUAUUAAUGGGGGAAUGUACGAGAGACGUCUUCAUAAGAUAGAGGAGGAAACUUAUCAGGUAGAAAACAACAGAAAUACAAUGACUGAGGAUCUAUAGGAAGGAGGCGGUGUAGCACGAAGACAUGGAGGGUUCCCCCUAAAAGGAAGUGUAUGGAGAAAGUCUCCAGCUCUGACCAGGGACAGACAGGUCAGCACUGCCCGAGGGUCCGUGACAUCGGUGGGGGGGUGGGGGGGACAGAUGACCGCAGCUGCCAGCACUCUUUAUCAGCGACUGCCGCCCAGGACCUGCUUUGUAUCGGCUAGAUGGGGAGGUGUAGGACCUGUGAUGAUGUCACAAUCAUGUGACAGUGGUGACACAGGGGCGCAAGUUAUACUUGUCAGGUCGUGACGCCAGGGCACCGUUAGCUUAUAGACGGUGCGACAUGGAGACAGCUUCUCCUGGUCCAGGCACGGCACAAUAAACACACAGAUGCCUGGUUAAGGAUAAAUGUCUUUUAGUAAGGCAGGAGUAGAUGGUACAACACACACAGCUCAGAGAAGAGUAGAAGAAAUGCAGUGUAACCUAAGGGAGCCCUGUGGCCUUGCUGGGACUUAUGGUGCUUUUCACCCACUUGAAUUAGACUUGAGAUUUGGACAUUUAGAGAUACACCACGCUGACUAGGGUUCUGCUAAGGUCCAAUUACCAACACCACCAGGGUAUGACUCCCCAACUGUACGGGGAACACUUGCAGAAUAGCGCGGUCGCUUGAGUUGAGCGAUUGUCUUUUCGGCUUCCCUGGGAAUCACCUCACACUACUUCCAACUCCUUCCCUCACUGCAGCUCACAUGGAGAAACUGAAACUAAACUGGGGCAACUCCUCCCAUCUACACUAUAUACAGGGCAAUUUGGGGUUUCCAUUGGACAAACAGGGUCACCUGGUUACACUGCAUCUCCUGUCUUAAAGGUACAGUACACAUAUAAUAGAAGAACAUAGAAAGUACAGCAACAUGCACAAACACAGUAAACAAUAGAACAGUGGGCCUCACACAGGAGCAGCAGGCAUGACCGAGGAGAUCCACAACCCACAGGACAGCCCCGGUGCUGGGACACCACAUGACCAGUAUAUGAACAGGAUAAGUAAUGUAUUUACACAGUGACCACACCAGCAGAAUAGUGAGUACAGCUCUGGAGAGAGGUUGGGUGUGUCUGAGCUCCUGUGACUACCAGCAGACUAUCAGAGAAGUAGAGUUUUUUUUUUUCACCAGCCCCUACCCAGGUGUGUGGCAGGCGCCUGGGUAGGUUUUUCCUGCUAUGGACCCCAGAAUUCCAUCGUCCACUCCCCGUUUAUGGCCGGCUGGGAGUGUGAGGGAGCAUGCGACGGCCAGUAGCCAGGAUGGGGUGAGGCGUUCAGCUAGGACCCACAACAUCCCCCCCCCCUUCCCCAUCCACUGCUGGAAGCUGCAAAGCUUCCAGCAAAAGUGUCUCCAGGCAAAGGAGUGCAGGAAAGGCUAUGGUAUCUGGUUCCUCUGAACCCCAGCAAUGGGGAGUAAAGGGGCCCAGAGAAUCCCUGGCUACCUUCGGAUCCAGAAUCCAGGCUAAGAUGGCGGAAUACGAACAACUUGGCAAACAACUCAGAGGCCUGAGGGAAGAGCUGAAGCUUGUAUCUUACCAGGCAAAUCAUGCAACCAAGACCAAGAGAGCAGCAUUCACUGCAAAGGUGAGAUCGUUAAAGAAGGAGGUGGAGGAUCUGGUGCAGCUGAGGUCGGACAUUGUGGCUGGAGCUGGAUUCCUCAGUGAGAAACUGAUCAAUAAGGAAAGGUUCUCCAACAUGCGUGCCUCCAGAGGUUCAGGAAACAGCAUGAUGACUUCCAGAGCGAGGAGGAGGAGAUGGAGGAAGGUGAUGGAGGUGAGGAGGGCAAUGUGGGUGGGGGGACAUGGGUUCUGUUGAUGCCACCAAUGUUGCCCCUGACCCCCCACUUACCCUGAGUGAGGACUACAUAAUGGCAGCUCAGGUGGCCUUACCUCCCUCCAGCGAGGAUGAGGACGGUGAUGGCAGUGACUGUGGUGAAGGCAGUGGCUUGGCGGAUGGGGGUCUCCUGCGGGCAAUUGUGAUGCAGGAGUCCCCCACCCGUCUGGAAAAUUUUUCUUUUGGAGAAGAUCUGGGCCCAGAGGAGAAGAGGACGAAUAAAAAAAAGGGCAAGAAGAGGAAAAAUACUGAAGGGCAGAUAAAGUUUGUGUUUUCUCCCCUCCAGCAGUCUGGGUCGGCUGAGAAGUCAGUUCAGGGUGCUGGUACCCCCAAUCUGCCAGACCCCGUUUCUGUAGUGGAGCGGGGCCAGCAUGGGGGAUACAGUAGUGCACCCAAAAUGUCUGCGGGUGCUAUAGAAAAUAAAGGGCACCCUCCUGUGAGGGGGGAGGGUGUCCAGGCACCAGAAAAUGGCAGCAGUUUCACCCGUUCGGCGGGCGGUCCCCCGGUUGAAGUGAGCGGUACAGGUCCUGGCACUGCAGGGCACUCCCCUGUGAGGGGGGGAGUGUCCGGGCACCGGACCUUGGUGGUUCAGGGGGCGGUCCCCUAUGUGCGGUCAGUACUGUUUCUGGCGCUGCAAAGCACUCACCUGUAAAGGGGGAGGUUCCCUGCAAGUCAGCUGCAGUAGGCGGGGCAGGAGUGCGUCCGGAGGGACAGCUCCUGCCAAAAUCUAUGACUUUGUGUGCGGGGGCGGGGCCAUCCAUAUCAGAGGCGGAGCCUGUGUCUGCACCCCAGAAGACUGGAAAUGCAACCCUAGUCCUGAAACCGGCGACCCUAAUACAUAAUGCAAUAGACCCAGCCAGCCCAGCCUGUAAUAUACAGAGUGUAGGCAAGAGUGAAAGUGAGAGCAAAAAUGUGUGGAAAAAUGGUAAUGUGCAGAGUGUGAGUUAUGGUAGUGAGCAUGGGAGGAGUUGUAGUAGCAAUGUGGAUGAGGGGGGUGCAAGCGGAGUGCAAGUGUUGGGUGCAAGAGAGGGGUGCAAGUGGGGUGCAAGUGGAGUGCAAGAGGGGGGUGCAAGUGGAGUGCAAGAGAGGGGUGCAAGUGGAAUGCAGGUGAGGAGUGGUAGUGGAAUGGCAGAGAGAGGUUUGACUGACACCUCAGCUAAGAACAAGGGUCCUGGUUUGGGAUCUGGG